AUGAGUGAUGGGAAAAUACAGGUAUGUGUUUCUGACUUUGUAAAGAUUGUUUUUCAGUUGUCGGGAGAGAAUAUUAGACUUGGUGAAAAUGUGGCAAUCAUUUCUGAAGGGACUACAGGUCUGGUCACAUGGGAAGCUGCACUGCUCUUUGCAGAAUGGGCAAUGGAAAACACCGAAGUGUUUAAUUGCAGCAGGACCAUUUUGGAGUUGGGUAGUGGAGCUGGCCUCACUGGAAUUGCUAUCUGCAAGACAUGUACCCCCAAACAGUACAUAUUCAGUGACUGUCAUUCAAAUGUACUUCAUCAGCUCAGGAAAAAUAUUCUUACUAAUGGUCUCCUACUGGAUUCUGAAUCCUGGAGCUCAAAAGACUGUGAAGUACAGUUGGAGAAUAACAAUGGAUCUGAAGAAAACCAGAGACCAAAAAUCGCUGUUGUUGGACUGGAUUGGUCAGAUGUUACUCAAGAACAAGUUACAGAACUUCAACCAGAUGUCAUUAUUGCCACAGAUGUAGUUUAUGAUCCUGCGGUAUUCCUUUGCCUAGUUUCUAUACUGGAGAAAUUUCUGAUAUCUGCUGAAAAACAGGGAAGUAGUACAGUUGUGUAUCUGGCAUCGACAAUACGUAACCCAGAGACAUAUUAUCAAUUUAAAAUGGAACUUGAUAAAGUUGGAAUUGGACACCAGGUGAUUCCAGGUCCCACCAGAGCAGUGUUUUCUUACGAUAGAUGCACAAAAAUAGAGCUUCUGAAAAUACAUCAUUGAACUGAAAUGUUUGCUCAUCAUCUGACAUGAAAAUAAUUGACAGCUAUAAGAAUUAAAUAAGUUAUGUUCACAACCUAAA